AUGGCCGAGCGCAGCCGUUUACCUCGCCCCCUGUUCCGCCGCGAUAUGCGCUGGGACCCUUACUGCGACUGGUCGCUGCCCAGCCGCACCUUUGACUACGAGAUGGACCUGCCCCCCUUCCUGGAGCCGAGGGACCUGAGCUGGAUCGAGUGGGCCAGGAGACGGCUGGCUACAUCCUCGUGGCCGGGGUACAUGCCUCCCCCCACUGUCAGUCCCUUUGCCAUGCAGACUCCCAGUCACAGUCCCCACAGGGAGCUGUCUGCAGGAGUGUCGGAGGUCAGGACUGGCCCAGACAGCUGGAGGAUCAGCCUGGAUGUCAACUGCUUCUCACCCCAGGAAAUUAGCAUCAAGACCAGUGGGGGCUACUUGGAGAUAGCAGGAAAACAAGAGGGUAGGGAGGACAUGUAUGGCUUCGUCUCAAGAUGUUUUUCAAGAAAGUACAAGCUGCCAGCUGGAGUGGACCUCCGGCACAUCCGCUCCUCUCUGUCCCCUGAUGGUGUUCUGUCUGUUGAAGCCCCACUUCCUGUACUGGCCCCUGAAGUUCCAGUUGAGAUCAUCAUUCCCGUCCAGGUGAGUCACCAGUACCAUCUGCUGGCCGUCAAGCCUCAGUGCAAGCAGACACAAGUGGAGAAGAGGCCCCAGACUCAGAGAGGGGGGGAAGUGAGUCCUCAGAUGCAGAGAGGGGAGGAAGGUGAGCAGGGUCAGCAGGAGAGGGUCAGAGCGACUGAAAUUGCUCCCCCUGCUGGAGACCAACAGGAGGGCAAAGGGAAACAGGUGGCCAUUGAGGAGUUGCAGACCUCAGCCACAGAGAGAGUGUGGGCAAGUGCUGGGGAGGAAUCAGAAGAGCACAGUCUAAGGAAGGAAGAGGAUGGAAAGGAAGGCGAACAUGAUGAGGUGUCUGCCAAGACAGAGAUGGAGACAGCAGUGCUGGGCAACUUGGGCAGCGUGGAGCAGAAUGGAGAAGCUCUUUCUGAAACUGUCCAAGAGGAAGUGCUGGCUGAAGGUUCUGACCAGCCCAGUGAGCCCCAAACGUCUGGACGGGAUGUCCUGCAGGAGAGUAAGGUGGAGACGCACGUGGACACCAAGUGGCUGUCCCGUGAUACCAAGUGGAUGCUCCGCAGCACCAAGUGGCCAUCCCAGUACUAA